UUUAUAUUUAGUCAGCCGUUAAUAUUUGCUUUGGUUUGGUGUCGCAGUUCGCAAUAAUUUAGCGCUUUUCAUAUCAUGGCAUGUGCUUCGGGGGGUAAAGACCCCCCUGAUAGAAACGAUCGUAUCGUAGUUAAUAAUCCGAUAGUGUUUGCAAAUGAUUUUGAUUCCUUUCAAGCUCAACUAAACUUGUCCCAAGCUUCUACCUCCUCUAGCAGUGGUUAUUCAUCAGCCUUGACGCUUUCGCCUUUAGCUAAGAAAACAGCACAUGCUAUCGCUCAGCAUCAAUACUUCUUAGUACCCACUAAGGAGGAAAUAGAUUUAUUGGAGACAGAGUUACAAAAGCUUAAAUCUGUCUUCGUGGAAGAUCAGGAUGCCCUAAACGAAAUUGCAAGAAUUUCAGUCAACAUAAGGAGAACACUUAACCGAAAGUAUAAGUAUGAACUUACAGACCAGGGACCAUUUCUUAUCAUAAUGGAGGGAAUAACUUCUCAAGUUGGAAACAUUCACCCGAUGAAUAUUGGAAAAAUUUUGCACAGAGCUGGAGUACAAGGUAUAACAAAAAUCAAUAGAAAAGGGGCUAAUAAAAUCGGAAUUGAAUUCAGAACAUCAGAGUAUGCUAAUCAGUUUUUGUCAAAUGAAAGUUUCAGUUCUGCUAGAGGCUAUAAUAGGUACAUUCCACAACGUCUUGUCACUUGUAGAGGACUAAUCAAGGAUGUAGGGGACCAAAUUACGGAAGAGGAUUUUUACUCAGAAGCGGUAGCUUAUACAGGAGAAGGAUCCCGGGCCAGGUUGAUUAAGAUAUUAAAUGUAAAAAGAGUCUUAAGAAGGAAGAAAAUACUUGCUAUUUCUGGUGAAACAGUAAUGAAAACCAUCCCCACAAACGAUUAUAUUGUAACAUUUGAAGGCAAAUCAUUACCCCAAACUGUAAAUAUUUUUAAUAAUGAAAGAGAAGUGGAAAAAUAUGUUAACCCGGUUAUAAUGUGCGUCAAUUGUUGCAGAUUUGGACAUGUCAAAAAUAAUUGUAGAGGCAAGCCUCGUUGCGGUUUUUGUACAGAAGAUCAUCUUAUGUUUGUUUGUGAAAAAAGAGAGCAAGCAAUGAAAAAAAUGAAAUGCCCUGCAGAUCAUCUUAACAAUCUGACUAAAACGUGUAAAAUUCCAAAUUGUGAAGUAAAUCCAAAACCAAGCUGCGUAAAUUGCAAGGGACACCACACUGCUACUGACUGGGGAUGUCCCGAAUACAAACGGCAAAAACAAAUUAACGAAACCAUGAGCUUCUACAACCUUUCUUUUUAUGAAGCAGCUAAACUGCAUCCACGGCUAAUUAAUGCAAACCAAGGCUUUACCCGAAAACCAGAAGAUUUUCCUAGUUUAAAUAAAAAAACUCAGAAUAAACCUCCUCAUCCAACAAGUCCUCAGGGCUGUUCCUCAUAUACAUCAGUACUUAAAAGAAAACGGCCUGACACCCAAUUUACCAAAGGGUAUGAUAAAGUAGCCCAUGAACUAACUUUGUUACCCUCAAGUGCAAGAAGAAAAGUCUCAUCUAUACAAGUAGUUGAAAACUCGACAUCAGAGUCGGAAAUGGAAGUAACUCCUGUAGGAAAUGGCUGGGAAGAAGUAUGCAACAAGUUUGAAGCUUUCAAAAAAGACGUUAUGUCAAUAAAGGGUAUGGAUGAAAAUUGUGUCAACAAUAUCAAACAAUAUUUUGGUUCAUUUGACCUACGGAGGGGGGGCGGCUGCGAUGGCAGCGGUUGACCUACAGGGGUUAGAAAAAGCAAAGAAUCUGUUCCAAUGCAUAAACACUCAUUAAACUACGGGUUACCUUGGUGGGAUAAUGAGUGCACCAACGCUAUUAAAAGGAAAAGACAAGCAUUCAGAGACUAUAAAAACAACCCCUCUGAGACCAACUUCCUGGAAU